GACGCGGCGGGGGCGGGGCGGGGCGGCGGGACUGGCCGUCGGGGCUGGCACCGCGGCCCCGGGGCGCCCAUGCCAUGGAGAAGCUGGCGGCCGGACUGGCGGGGCUGCGCUGGAGCAUGGGCGCCUUCCCGCUCGACCUCAUCGUUAGCCGCUGCCGCCUGCCCACGCUCGCCUGCCUCGGGCCAGGGGAGUAUGCCGAGGGCGUCAGUGAACGAGACAUCCUGCUCAUCCACUCCUGCCGCCAGUGGACCACAGUGACAGCACACACGCUGGAAGAGGGCCACUACGUCAUCGGGCCCAAGAUUGACAUCCCUCUGCAGUACCCAGGUGUGCCUGCCUGCAGGGACAGAUGGCAGGAAGCUGGGAAGUUCAAGCUCCUGGAGCAGGCUCGGGACGUUCGGGAGCCGGUGCGGUACUUCAGCAGUGUGGAGGAGGUGGCCAGCGUCUUUCCUGACCGCAUCUUCGUGAUGGAGGCCAUCACCUUCAGUGUCAAGGUGGUGUCGGGCGAGUUCAGCGAGGACAGCGAGGUGUACAACUUCACGCUGCACGCGGGCGACGAGCUGACGCUGAUGGGCCAGGCGGAGAUCCUGUGCGCCAAGACGCCCAAGGAGCGCUCGCGCUUCACCACGCUGCUGCGCAAGCUGGGCCGCGCGGGGGCGCUGGCGGCGGGGGGCGCGGGGGGCGUGGGGCCCGCCAAGGCCAAGAUGCCCUGCCUCAUCUGCAUGAACCACCGCACCAACGAGAGCCUGAGCCUGCCGUUCCAGUGCCAGGGCCGCUUCAGCACCCGCAGCCCGCUCGAGCUGCAGCUGCAGGAGGGCGAGCACACGGUGCGCGCCAUCAUCGAGCGCGUGCGGCUGCCGGUGAACGUGCUGGUGCCGCGCCGGCCGCCGCGCAACCCCUACGACCUGCACCCGGUGCGCGAGGGCCACUGCUACAAGCUGGUGAGCAUCAUCUCCAAGACCGUGGUGCUGGGGCUGGCGCUGCGCCGCGAGGGCCCGGCGCCGCUGCACUUCCUGCUGCUCACCGACGCGCCGCGCUUCGCGCUGCCGCAGGGCCUGCUGGCCGGGGACCCGCGCGUCGAGCGCCUGGUGCGCGACAGCGCCUCCUACUGCCGCGAGCGCUUCGACCCCGACGAGUACUCCACGGCCGUGCGCGAGGCCCCCGCCGAGCUGGCCGACGACGGCGCGCCCCCGCGGCCCCGCGCGCGCCUCUGCCUGCCCGCGCCCGCGGCCCCCGGCCCCGGCCCCGGCCCCGGCCCGCGCGCGCCCGCCGACGCCGACCAGGACUACGUGAGCCCCGACUGGGCCUGCGCGCCCGAGCCCGCGCCGCCCGCCGCCGAGAUCCCCUACGAGGAGCUGUGGGUGCACCAGGCCGACGGCCUCGACGGCAGAGCGCGCGCGCCGCCCGGGCCCGACCUCAUCUCCUUCGGCGCCGCCGCGCUGCCCCGCGCAGAGCCCGAGCCGCCGCCGCUGCCCCCCAAGUCCGAGGCGGUGAAGGAGGAAUGUCGCCUGCUCAACGCCCCUCCAGUGCCUCCCCGGGGUGGCAAUGGCAGCGGCCGGCCCUCGGACAGCCCCCCGGUACCCCCACGCUUCCCCAAGCUGCAGCCAGUCCACUCGCCCAGCUCCAGCCUCUCCUACUACUCGUCUGGCCUACAGGAUGGGGCAGGCUCCCGAAGCGGCAGUGGCUCCCCGUCCCCUGAUGCCUACUCCCUCUACUGCUACCCCUGCACAUGGGGCGACUGCAAGGCGGCGGAGUCCUCCAGCCGUGCUGCCCCAGGCCUGCUGCCAUCCACCACGCAGCCCGGCCAGGCCCCCCGGGCCCUGGCCGAGCCCCUGAGCAGCAGAGGAGCCUCCCUACUGGGGGCUGACAACCCGGCCAAGCCCUACCACAGCUGCCCACCCCUGUUCAAGCCCUCACAUCCCCAGAAACGUUUCGCUCCCUUUGGGGCUCUCAACCCCUUCUCAGGGCCUGCCUACCCCUCUGGCCCCGCCACGGCCACCUCCUCAGGUCCCCUGGCGGCCUCCAGCGUGGCCUACUCCCCGGGCCCUGGCUCCCCCGGCCAGGCCUACCCGGCUGCUCCCGCUGCCUCCCCCACCUCCUCGUCUGAGUGGCAGGAGCCUGGUUUGGAGGCCUUUGACACCUUCGAGCUGGGCACAGGUGGCUCUCCUGAGCCCGAGCUGCUGCGUGGCCAGGAGCCCCGAGCUGGGGGUGCACCCGCUCCCCACCUCUCACCACUUGGACCCCCCAAGGCCUUUGACAUGGAGGGCGCGGCGCUGCGGCAGGUCCCUGCCCUGUCGGCCCCCACAGCCCUGCUCUCCCAGGGGCGCCUGGAGGGGGCUCCGGCCAGUCCCCGUGACGCUGGCCCCUGGCAGCCGCCCGCUGACCUGUCGGCGCUGUCACUGGAGGAGGUGUCCCGCAGCCUGCGCUUCAUCGGGCUCUCGGAGGACGUGGUGAGCUUCUUUGCCCGUGAGCGCAUCGACGGCAGCAUCUUCGUGCAGCUGAGCGAGGACAUCCUGGCCGACGACUUCCGCCUCACCAAGCUGCAGGUCAAGAAGAUCAUGCAGUUCAUCAAAGGCUGGCGGCCCAAGAUCUGACCUGCCCAGGUGGCCGGGGAAUCUAGGGAAGGUGGCUGUGAGAGGGGGUCUUCUGGGCUCGGAUCCACGCUGCAGAUGUCUCUUCUGUGGGGCGAGGGGGCUGCAGGCACCGCACGCCGCCACCCAGAACCUCGCAGACUCUACCCAGCGCUCCUCAGGCCUUGGGUUAGAGACCAGGGACAGGAUAGCCCUAACCUCAGUGGAUACCCCAGGUGCCCUCCCAGUGCUGACUCUGAUUCCCUGGGGUGCCCUUCCAGCCUGCAAGAAGUCCAUGGAAGAGUGGGGAGACUGCCAGGUGCCCCUUGAUUCUAGAGGCCAUCACCCUCAUUGGCUCAAUGUUGCCUGGCCCACACCUGGUGACAUUCCUGGGCUUCCUGUCACUGGCACAGGCAGGAGAGCAUGGGGAUACGGGGACUCUGGGCCUCUCCCCUCCCCCUGGGGCUCAGGCCUCCCACUCUCGUUUGUGUAUUUCCAAGUGCCUGGAUCUUGUCCUCCUGUCCAGUUUGUCCUCCUGUCCAGGGCCUCAGCUUAGGACUGGGAUUAAGUGUAGCUUCCUAGCAACCGCGCGUUGGUGUUGAACAGAGCUGGGGCCAGGGUGGUGUCAGUGUCUGGGCAGGGCCCUGGCACAGCACAAAGUCCUCACUCGCCUCUGGGGAACCCGGUGAUCCGUCUGUCACCAGGUGCCCAGCCCACUGAGUGCUUCCCUCUCGGCCUCACACCCUCUAGCAGCAGGUACGGCCUGCAUUGCUGUCUUCCCAGCAUGCCUGGGUAUUUAUUUUCUCAGUGUGCCCUCAUAGGAGCCAGGAGGUCGUGCUGGUGCCCAGACAGACAGCCUGGGCAGUGAGGAAGGGGUGCCAGCAAGUGCAGCGCAGACGCUGAUGCCCAUACACGGCUUCCUUGCCGUCACUCACGCCGUCCUUGAAGGCCUACAGGAAUAAACGCUAGGGCGCUGCAGACUUGUGCGCUACUUUCUUCUGGAGGCCGGGGGAACAGGCACGGGGCACGUCACGGGGCAGGAGGGGCUUUGGACUGCACUUGUGUUUCUUUCCUGUGUUCCCCAGGACCCUCACCACCUGCCGCCAGCAUCUCCACAGAAUCCACGCUUCCUAGAGGGAAAGCCCCUGGACUCAGAGCUCACCUG